AAACUCGUUGAGUUAAAAGCGUUAAUCAUAAUGGUUCGGCUCUUUUGGUCCAUGUUUCUAGGUCAGAAUAGCAUUAAUCUUGAAAUUUUGCCUUUAUAAGGGAAGGACCAACGACUAAUACUAUUGAGGCACAGAUCACUCUGCUCUAACUCCAACCAACCAAGAUGGAUGUAGAGAAAGUCUUUCGCAUGACAGGAGGAGUUGGCAAGACCAGCUAUGCCAAAAAUUCCUCUUUUCAGAAGAAGGUAGCAGACAUGGUGAAGCACAUAACAACAGAAGCAGUGCAACAAGUUUACUCAGAAAUAACUCCAAACAGCAUAGGCAUAGCUGAUCUGGGCUGUUCUUCUGGACCAAACACACUAUCCAUCAUCAAAGACAUUGUUGAAGCUGUUGAACUCGCAUGUCAUAAACUCCUCCAUUCUCCACCGGAGUUCCGAGUUCACCUUAACGAUCUUCCGUCCAAUGACUUCAAUUCUGUCUUUAUGACCUUACCAGAUUUUUACAGGGAACUUAAGAAGGAGAAAGGUGGCCAGUUUCCCUCCAUUUUCAUAGCAGGUUGCCCUGGGUCGUUCUAUGGAAGACUCUUUCCCAACAAUUCCUUGCAUUUUAUCUAUUCAUCCUAUAGUUUACACUGGCUCUCAAAGGUUCCCCCAGCUCUACAGGAUGAGAAUGGAAAGUCCAUAAAUAAAGGAAGUAUUUAUAUUUCCAACUCAAGCCUACCAAUUGUGUCUGAAGCAUACGUCAAACAAUUCCAGGAGGAUUUUUCAUGUUUCCUUAGAUCCCGGUCAGAAGAGGUAGUCACCGGAGGGAAGAUGGUACUUACUCUGUUGGGAAGAGUAGGCCAAGAUCACGUAGACAGAGGGAAUUCUUUCUUCUGGGAACUUCUCAAUCGUUCUCUGGCUAUUUUGGUCUCUCAGGGAGAGAUUGAGCAGGAAAAGCUUGAUUCUUUUGAAGUGCAUUUCUAUGCAGCAUCAAAGGGUGAAAUAGAAGAUGAACUGAGGAAAGAAGGUUCGUUUGCGUUAGAGAGGAUGGAAAUGUUUGAGAUUGAAAGGGAUGAGGAGAAUGAAGAGAGCUAUGGCAGGACAGUAGCAAAGGCAGUGAGGGCCAUACAGGAGUCCAUGCUCUGCAACCAUUUUGGAGAAGGGAUAAAUUUGGAGACUUUGUUUGACAUUUAUGGAAGAAUGGUGGAUGAAGAAAUGGCUAAAGAAGAAAUCAAGCCCAUCACCAUAGUAAUUCUUCUUAAGAAAUUAUGAAUCCAUGGUCUCAUAUCAUGAGUAAAUUAUCAAUAUCAAGGAAUCCAGGUACUUAAUGGUGUCAAUUAAAGCAUGUUUGACCUUCAAAGUCUGUAACUUUCUAUGAAAAUGUUGUUUGGGUAGAGUUUUUAUAAAAGAUACUGUAUAAAUUAUGAUUUCAUGU